AAUGGCUAGAAACAGAGCUGACAAGCGGCUGAAAUGAAUACGACUACUAUCCUACAAGAGAUUUUGAUUAAAAGAUCACAGCAGAAGAAGAGGACUUCUCCAUUAAACUACAAAGAGAGGCUUUUUGUACUUACAAAGUCUAUGCUAACAUAUUACGAAGGUCGAGCGGAGAAAAAGUACAGAAAAGGAUCUGUGGAUAUUUCAAGAAUUAAAUGUGUAGAAGUUGUAAAAAGUGAUGGUAUUAUUCCCUGUCAAAAUAAAUAUCCAUUUCAGGUUGUAUAUGAUGCUAAUACACUUUAUAUUUUUGCACCAAAUGCACAAAGCCGGGAUCAGUGGGUGAGGAAUCUGAAAGAAGAAAUAAAGAACAACAGCAAUAUAAUGGUAAAAUAUCAUCCUAAAUUCUGGACAGAGGGAAUUUAUCAGUGCUGCAGACAGACAGAAAAAUUAGCACCUGGCUGUGAAAAAUAUAAUCUUUUUGAAAACAUAAAAAAAAGGGAGAUGAUAAUAAUGUUGGGUUGUUUUCAGCGAAGGCCUCCACCACCUGUUCCUCCAGUAGAAGAAAAUGGCAAUGAAGAGGAGGAGAUAGUGGUAGCAAUGUAUGACUUUGAGCCUACAGAGCAUCAUGACUUAAGAUUAGAGAAAGGUGAAGAAUACACGGUGAUUGAGAAGAACGACCUUCACUGGUGGAAGGCAAGAGACAAAUAUGGAAAACAAGGCUAUAUUCCAAGCAACUAUGUAACAGGAAAGAAGUCCAACAACCUUGAUCAAUAUGAGUGGUACAGCAGAAACCUGAACAGAAGCAAGGCGGAGCAGCUCCUCAGAAAUGAGGAUAAAGAAGGUGGCUUUGUGGUGAGAGACUCAAGUCAGCCUGGCCUGUAUACAGUUUCCCUUUAUACAAAAUUUGGAGGAGAAGGUUCAUCAGGAAUAAGACACUACCACAUAAAAGAAACGGUGACAUCACCAAAACAGUACUACCUCGCAGAGAAACAUCUCUUUAACUCCAUUCCAGAAAUAAUUGAGUAUCAUAAACAUAAUGCAGCAGGUCUCGUUACCAGACUGCGUUACCCAGUGACCCCAAAGAAGACGACAGCACCAACAACGGCAGGAUUCAGCUAUGAGAAAUGGGAAAUUAAUCCCUCAGAACUGACGUUCAUGAGAGAACUGGGGAGCGGUCUGUUUGGUGUAGUGCGCCUUGGGAAAUGGAGGGCACAGUAUAAAGUGGCCAUCAAGGCAAUUCGGGAAGGUGCAAUGUAUGAAGAGGAUUUCAUUGAAGAAGCUAAAGUAAUGAUGAAGCUAACACAUCCUAAAUUAGUUCAGCUGUAUGGUGUGUGCACACAACAGAGACCUAUUUACAUUGUGACAGAGUUCAUGGAGCACGGCUGCCUUCUCAAUUACCUGAGACAAAAACGAGGAGUUUUGAGUAAAGAUGUCCUGCUCACUAUGUGCCAAGAUGUAUGUGAGGGAAUGGAGUACCUGGAGAGAAACAGCUUUAUCCACAGAGACCUGGCUGCCAGGAACUGCUUGGUGAGCGACUCGGGAGUGGUCAAAGUGUCGGAUUUUGGAAUGACAAGGUAUGUCCUUGAUGAUCAAUACACAAGCUCCUCAGGGGCUAAAUUUCCUGUGAAAUGGUGUCCCCCCGAAGUUUUUAAUUAUAGCCGAUUCAGCAGCAAGUCAGAUGUCUGGUCAUUUGGUGUUUUAAUGUGGGAAGUAUUUACGGAAGGAAAAAUGCCCUUUGAAAAAAGCUCCAACUAUGAAGUGGUAACGAUGGUUAGCCAAGGACAUCGUUUGUAUCGGCCCAAACUAGCCUGUAAGCAGGUGUAUGAAAUGAUGAUGAUGUGCUGGCAAGAGAAACCAGAGGGACGCCCAACUUUUGAAGACUUGCUUCACACAAUCAUUGACAUGGCAGAGGGUGAAGAUGCUUUCUGAAAAAAGACAACAGCAGCACAAGUACAAGAAAGAAGCCACUUUCCAGAGAUGUGGAUCACCGUUUCUUUUUAAAGGCUUGAUCCUGUAAGCUGCUGGAUAC